CUCUGAUGCUCUUAGUAGUUGUGUCCGUCAUUCGAGUGAAGAUAAGACCAAGACUGAUAUUGCGCAGUUCCUCUGUACCAUUGAAUCCCGGGAACAUAUUUCGUGUACACAAAUUGCUAUAAUAGGUUAACCCCAUAGCCUAAAAUUAGCAUUAGGCUAGAUUGAAGUGCAUUACUAGUAGUUUACGUCUGCGACGUAGCAUUUUAAUUGACGAUGAGUAGUACUAGGGUGGCUGGAGCAACAAGUGUCCUUGUUCAACGGGCAAAUGACAUCCGACAGCAGAAAGUUAACUGGCCCUCUUACCUUCAGUCACAGAUGAUAACUCAAGAAGAUUAUGAAGUUAUCAUAGGUGUGGAGACUCCAGGCCAAAAGAGGGAUGCCCUUCUUUCAACACAGCGUUACCAGGUGGCUCGAACAUUUAUGAAUCUUCUUGGGCACAUCAGUAAAGACCAGACCAUCCAGUAUAUCCUUACAAUUGUUGAUGACAUACUCUCAGAGGAUAAAAGUCGUGUAGAAAUCUUCAAGGAACAUGCUCGAAAGCAUAAAGAAAGCAUGUGGAGCCCUUUCUUGAACCUCCUUACCAGACCAGAUGCAUUCAUCAUAAACAUGACUGCCAGGAUUAUUGCCAAACUAGCUUGUUGGUCCCGUGAGCCAAUGGAUGGCUCUGAUCUUACCUUUUACCUUACCUGGCUUAAAGACCAACUGAGGACACCAAAUAAUGAAUAUAUGCAGAACGUUGGGCGAUGCCUGCAGAUGAUGAUGCGUGUUGAGGAGUAUCGCACAAUCUUCUAUCAGUUGGAUGGUGUUGUAACAAUUGUCCAGGUUCUAAGCUCUGGUAGACACAACUUCCAAAUACAGUACCAGCUAACCUUCUGUUUGUGGGUGAUGACAUUCAACAAUGCCAUUGCAGAAAAAAUGAACAAGUAUAGUGUUAUUCCUACUCUGGCAGACAUCAUGAAUGAAAGUGUCAAGGAGAAAGUGACGCGCAUAACUUUGGCUGUAUUCCGAAAUUUGAUUGAAAAACCUGAAGAUCCACAAAUUGCCCGAGAGAAUUGCAUUCAAAUGGUUCAGUGUAAGGUCUUGAAGCAGCUUGAAAUCCUUGCACAAAGAAAGUUUGAGGAUGAAGACAUCACUGCUGACAUAGAGUUUUUAAAUGAAAAGUUGCAGAAUUCCAUACAAGACUUGAGCUCCUUUGAAGAAUAUUGUUCUGAAGUGAAAUCAGGCAGGAUGGAAUGGUCACCAGUUCACAAGAGUGAAAAGUUCUGGCGUGAGAAUUGUGGUCGCUUGAAUGAAAAGAACUACGAGUUGAUCAAAAUCCUUAUCAAUCUUCUAGAAACUAGCACCGACCCCUUAGUCUUGUCUGUUGCUUGCCACGAUAUUGGGGAAUAUACUAGACACUAUUCAAGAGGGAAAAGGGUGUUAGAGCAGCUUGGUGGAAAGCAGUGGGUCAUGCAGCACCUUACUCACUCUGAUCCUAACGUUCGAUACGAGGCUCUUUUAGCUGUUCAGAAGCUUAUGGUCCACAACUGGGAGUAUCUUGGAAAGCAGUUAGAGAAGACUACACAAGCGAGCACACCUCGUUCAACCUAGAUAGCAGGCCAGUUUGUCAUUUUGGUGUUCUAAUUCACUGAUAUUUGUUUACAUUAUUUGUUACAUGAAACAUUCCAAAACCUCUGUGAAAGCGAGUUCUUGAUAUUUUUCUCAUAAUCCUACAUUAUUUGUUUACAGAACUUACAUUGUGAAUGUUACAAAAGCUAAUGUUUCUUAGCUCUAAUGGUUUUGUGCCAAUGCAGUGUUUAAUGUAAGACAUUGCUGAAAAUUUAGAUUCCAAUAUUAUCAAGUGUUGCAUUUAUAUUAGUCUUAUGAUAUUUACUUUGGAUAUGUACUUACAACAAUAAAAUUGCUGAGGGCAAUGGGAAUAUCAGUGUUGUCAAGAUUGUCAAGAACUAGUAGCAUCUAGAUUUAGGUAGUUUUAUGGAAGGUCAAAAUGUUGUACUUUGUUUUUUGUUAUGUAUAAUAGUAGGGUGUCUGUUUGGGGAUAAAAAGUGUAUAUUCUUUUUAUGGAAGGCUGAUUUCAUUCAGUGCACAAACUGAUUUAUUGUAUAAAGGUAAAGUUUAAAUACACAAUUGUACAGUGA